UCGGUUCAGCCUCUCUUGAGUUAUAAAUGGUGUAACUUACUACAAAAUAUGAUUUUUUUAACCUUGCUUGUAUCGUAUUCUUAUUGUUUAUUCUCCCAUGAAUUUAAUGUAAGGAUUAUGUAUGUAUAAACACUGGAAAUUUAUUGGAAUGUCAUGAAAUAUCAUGGAAAAACUACCACUAGUUAAUGUACAUUGUUUUAAUUUUACGGAAAAAUCGUACUGAUUUGAUACAAAAUCAGCUAUUGAAAAAACACUGCUGGACACGUUGAACGUGGUACGAAAACUAGCAGUGAGACAAAUGUUAGGAAGAAGAUUCAAAAAUUUAAAAAAGUGUAUAAAAAGGAGACGAUAUAAAGAUAAGACGAUAAGCGCGGAUGGAUUCGUUGCAGAAUAUAUUUAACAAAAAACCCCCGAGGACUGAUAAUAAAUUCAAUCUUUGGUUGAAGUCUGGACACAAAGAAUGUUUGUGGAUUUUAUUGCUGGCCUCAUGGGAGGUGCUGCUGGAGUACUUGUUGGCCACCCAUUGGAUACUGUGAAAGUUCAUUUGCAAACUGAUGACCCUAAGAAUCCGAAAUAUAAAGGAACAUUUCAUUGCUUAAAAAAAAUAAUAAAAAAAGAUAAUAUUCAAGGUUUAUAUAGAGGAAUAAGCAGUCCAAUGUCAGGAAUUGGAUUAGUAAACUCAAUCGUUUUCGGAGUAUAUGGAAAUAUUCAACGUUUGUCAGAUGACCCCAAUUCACUCCUUUCACACUUUUAUGCUGGUUCCAUUGCCGGACUAGCGCAAAGCUUUGUAUGUGCACCGAUGGAGCUGGCGAAAACAAGGCUUCAAUUAUCGUCACAGAUUGACAGUGGAAUUAAAUUCACUGGGCCCAUCAACUGCAUUAGAUAUAUAAUAAAAACAGAAGGUGUACGUGGAGCGUUUAAGGGCUUAACGGCCACCAUUUUCAGAGAUAUUCCAGGAUUUUCCAGCUACUUUGUAUCUUAUGAGUAUUUGAUGCGGCAAAGGGAUAGUCCUAAUAUCCCAUAUACUCUUAUGGCCGGAGGCUGUGCUGGAAUAGCCUCAUGGCUAGCCUGCUAUCCAAUUGAUGUAAUUAAAACGCAUAUGCAAGCGGACGCCCUAGGAAAAAAUGCUAAAUACAAUGGAUUCAUAGACUGUGCGAAAAAAGGCUUUGAAAAAGAGGGUACUCUCUUUUUCUUUAGAGGAUUGAACUCUACUCUGAUAAGAGCUUUUCCAAUGAACGCUGCUUGCUUUUUUGUGGUUUCCUGGAUAAUGGAUCUUUUUAAUAAAAAUGGAAUGGAUAUGGCAAUGAGCUCUGAUAACCCACUAUAUCUUGUAAACUUAGAAAAUACGACCCUGGCUAAUCUGGGGAACACGUCCUCAAAAAUUGAAGAAUUAGUAAGGAACAUUAUAACUGACAACUCUAUUUUAGUCCAAUUAAUUUCCACUCAUCAGGACAUAACACCAAACCAAUUUACAAAUAAUAUUUAUAACGACUCUGAUAAUUUUAAAAGCCAAAUGGAGUCUAAAUAAAACUUAUAAUAAAAACCCAAAACCUCAAUGUUA